UCCCCUUCUCCACCAUUUUUUACACCCUGAACGACCUUGAAACUAUAUAAGUAAAAAUUGUACAUAAUAUUUUAAUUUUUCAAAUUUUUUUUUAUACAUAUAAUCAAUAAGAGCACAAGCAAAAUGUCAAAACUAUCAGCUGUUAAAGAAAUGAUUGAGAAAUUAUUAAAAGAUGAAUCUAAACCUUGGACAAAAUACAUUGCACUUGCUGAACAGAAAUUGAAAGUGGAUCGAUUGUAUAUUUUCUUAGGUGCGCUGGUAGUAUUGGCACUGUAUUUAGUUUUAGGUGUAGGUCAACAAUUGGUAUGCAACAUAAUUGGAUUUGUUUAUCCUGCUUAUUGCUCAAUGAAAGCGCUUGAAAGCCCAAGUAAAGAUGAUGAUACAAAAUGGCUGACGUACUGGGUCACCUUUGCUACUUUUACUAUCAUCGAAUUCUUUUCUGAGUAUAUUGUUUGUUGGGUCCCAGUAUAUUGGUUAAUGAAGUGCCUAUUCUAUAUUUGGUUGAUGGCUCCAACUGAAUACAAUGGUUCCUUAAUACUUUAUCGUAAAGUAAUACGUCCAAGAUUUGUUCAAUAUGAACCUCAAGUUGAUAAAUUAUUAUCUAAUGCUUCUGAUAUAGCAAAAAAAGCUGCGGCAAGUACGUUAUAUGCUGAGAAAAAGGAUUGAAUAUUUCAGAAAAAAAUAAUUAGCAAAAGACUUUCAAAUCUUCAUACCCAUUCCUUCAAUUCAUAAAAAAAUUAAGACUUUAAAAUUACAAUUUUUAAACAUAUAUAAAUGCAAAUAUAGUUAAAAUUUCAAAUUUGUAACAUUUGACUAUCGCACAAAAUCGAAUUUCCACAAUGUUAUAAAAAAUGCUGAAAAAAAACAAUUACGUGCCUAAAAAUUAUUUCUAUAAGUCUCAUUUGACAAAUCUAAAAAUAUUAAAUAGAAUAAUGUAUUUAUUUCUUGUGAUAUUUGCAGUGUUUUGAAAAUGAUGUCUACACUGUGCCAUUUUAAUUAAUCUGCUUAAUAUAUAAUUAUAUGCUAUUUUUAAUUCUAGCUACUUUAGCUAUUUUGAGAUACGUCAAAAAAAAUCAAUGUGCAAAAUUAUUUAUGAAUUGUUUUCUUCUUUUUAUUUUGAAUUGUGGCUUCUUGUUUAAUUCUGUAAUUACAUAUAUAUAAAAUUAAAAGAUUUUAAACAAAAAUGGUACAAUUCAGUUAGUUUUAAGUUAUUAUUAUUAACUCCAAUCUGUAUUGUACAAAGAAUUUUCAAUCUUCACAAAAUAAAGUUAAUUUUAUUGAA